AUGCGUGGGGAAAAAAAUAAAAAAAAAAACCCCCAGGGCCCGGUGGGGGGGUGGGGGGGGGGGGGGGGGAAACUUCUUUUGGGAGGGGGGGUAAGCAAACAAGGGGGGGGGGGGGGGGGGGGAACCGGGGGGGGGAACCUCCCUUUUUGGCUUUGGGGGGGAGGAACCUUCUUGGGAGGGGGGGAAGCCCAAAACCAAGGGGGGGGGGAACUGGGGGGUACUCCUGGGGGGCUGGGGGAGGGACUUUUCUUGAGGGGGAGGCACCAAGGGGGGUGGGGAAAAACUUGGGGGGGGGGGACCCCUCCCCUUGCUGGGGGGGAGGGUGGGGGACUCUGA